AUGAAAGAAUUAUUGUGUGUAUGUUCAUAUGAUUUUCAGGAGACUCUAUCUCAAUCUAUAGUUCCAUAUGAAGACACUGAUUGCAGGAGCAUACUGAGUCGAGCAUUAGAUGUUCCCGAGUAUUCUGGUCGGGUGAGGGGCAAGGGAUUUGGGAUCACUCAAAAAUCCUUGAAUAUUAAAAAACAAAAGACUCCUAGCAAUAAAGAACUGCAGCAAACUUUGGAAGCAUUAAAAGCUGAAGUUCUUGAAUUAAGAAAGGAAAGAGAAAGAGAUCGAGCAGCGGGUUUUAAAGAUACUAGUGACAAAGAUAGUAUCAAUUGUAAUUUUCAACCGACUAUUCCAGAGGGCAUUUCACCUUGUCACCUCUACUUAGCGAGACCGACUUAUCGGAUGGUUGGCAAGGGGAAAGUUCAUAACAAUUUGGGUGAAUUACUUCACACUAAACCGCUCCCUACUGGAUCUUUGAAAGUCUCGGUUGAUAUUGCUUUGGAGAAGGAUGCGUUAUUACCACAUCCUGACGAUGUUUCGGAUGCAACUUUAUUGGGAGAUGCCAUAGGUUCAUUUGUUGCAUGGCCGACAGACCUCAUUAUCGUAGGAUAUGAGACUCCCACAAAAUCCAAAGCAAAAGAUAAGGGGAUUGCGCGGGAAAUCGAGUCAGUUGCAUCGCAAAAAGAGAUUCCUGUUGCUAAGAAGACUGAAAUUUCCAAGAGGACCGGGGCUAAAAAGAAAAAUCCUUCCAAGUAUAGAGCGUGCCUCCAUACAUAUUUAGAAACGACAGAUAUUUCGGAUGGAUGUGUUCGUUUAAUACCUAUGGAUGGAGCUAUUUUUGGUUUUGAGUAUGCCGAGCCAUUGGGUAAAGUGGAUUUUGAUCAAAUUUUGUAUCAUACGCAAUUAAGCGUUGGUGUUAUCAACACAUACAUGAGGUAUUUAUAUGACAAAUUGAUGGGUCCGCGUGGGUUGGAGCAAAGAUUCUCAUUCUUAAAUCCCAUGAAAACGAACUUAACCGAAAUGAUAAGAAAACCAGAUGAAGUCAGGACGUAUGUAGUCGAGCGCUUUAUGGCCGACACAGAUAGAGAAAAGUUGUUCUUUUUACCGUUUAAUACCGGCGACGGUGGACAUUGGUUGUUGGUCGCGAUAAAUCCUUUUAAAGAAAUUGUGUAUUAUUUGGAUUCUUUACAUAAUGAUUGGACAACAUACCCUGCUAUGAAGACGAUAGUUGACACCAUUAUACAAACUGUUCGAGCGCAAAGAAAAAUUCAAGUACCAAAGAGAAAAGCCAAUAACAUUACAUGGAAUAGAGUGGAGUGUCCUCGACAGCGUAAUAAUAUAGAUUGUGGAUAUUACACGUUGAGGUUUAUGAAAGAAACUCUUCUUAUGGAUCGAACAGAUAUUCCAUCUGAUUACUUUGAUGAAUAUAGAUGUGCUUAUUACUCAAAAGAUCAGUUGGAUGAAAUUAAAGAGGAAUUGUGUCAAUUCAUUAUCGAGCUACAGGUUUUGUGAGGUUAUAUAGCAUAUUUAGAAGAUAGAACUAGAAUGUGUUGAAAUACAUUUUGAUUAGCAUUUUUGGAGGUUAUUAGAAAUGUGUAGAUUUUUUGUAAAGGCAAACAUUUUCAAGUAUAUAUAUAAAUACUCAAAAAACUGCUGAAAUUAGAAGUAUAUUGUGUUGAACUAUAAUGUGUUUAUAAUGCAUAUAGAUUUUCAAGUAUAUGUGCAUAUUCAGAAGAUAGAACUACAAUGUGUUGAACUAUAAGGUGCAUAUAGAUUGGAUUCAAGCUCCAAUUUAUGAAAAUCUGCUGAAAUUUGCAAUUUACAGGUGCUAAAUAAUGUGGUGAAAACGUAUAAAAAGAUCCUCCAAAAUUUGGAGUCUUAGACAGCGCUUUUAGGCAAAAAGCGCUGGUAAAGGCA